AUGCCCGCCAUUGGUUUGCUCUUCCUACUUCUUUUAUGUCCUCGAAUGCAUGCAUCUAAUGCUCGCCUUCUUGAAGCCGAUGCCGGUGGGAAAAAGAGCCCUCAUUCUUUUAGCAAGCUAGCAGAGAAGGUUAAACUGAUGAUCCACAUUGAAACAUAUCGGGAAGGAGUAACAAAAGUGAACGAGAAGUAUCGCAAGACAUCGAGCGCUAAAGACACUGUCGCAAUAGAUGUCGUGAACCACAUGGUCACGGGAGUGAAGCACGGAAAGAGAACCGUUUCAGGCGCCGUCCCGACGACAUUGGGACACCGUUUCAGUACUUCUCCCGGUCUCUUCUCCGAUUAUUCCCGACCCAAGAUGCGACCUCCUUCUCACAAUUGA